CGUCAGCGCGUAGCAUGAUCUCCGCCGCUCCGUCCGCAGAGUCUCCAUCUCCAACCGGUUUACCACCGUGAACUCCACACGGGUUUAGCAGCAUAAACACCGCCUUAUCCGCAGAUCACCAUCGGACAUGGAAGCAGCCUCCUCCUCUUCCACUCAGUGCAGUUACAGUUAUGAAGACUACAAAGAGACGGCGGACUGGCUGUUGGCACAAACAGAGAAACGUCCCAAAGUGGCCAUCAUCUGUGGUUCCGGCCUGGGCGGCUUGGCUGAAUUGCUAGAUGAAAAGAUCAUGUUCCCGUAUGAAGGCAUUCCACAUUUCCCCACCAGCACUGUGCAGGGCCAUGCAGGGCGGCUCGUGUUCGGGAAGCUGCAGGGCUGCGAGUGCGUCUGCAUGCAAGGGCGAUUCCAUUUCUACGAGGGCUACAACAUUCACACGGUGACAUACCCGGUGAGAGUCUUCUUCCUGCUGGGCGUGGAAACUGUGAUUGUGACAAAUGCUGCAGGCGGCCUCAAUGAAUGCUACAGUGUUGGAGACAUCAUGCUCAUCAAGGAUCACAUCAACAUGCCUGGCUUUGCUGGUCAGAGCCCUCUGUGUGGGCACAAUGAUACAAGGUUUGGAGUGCGUUUCCCUUGCAUGUCUGACGCAUAUGACAAAGAGCUGAGGUCCCUGGCCAAACAAACAGCAGAGGAGCAGGACUGCAGCAGCUUCCUGCAGGAAGGCGUUUACUGCAUGCUGGCCGGACCGACAUAUGAGACCAUCGCAGAGAGCAGAGCUCUGCAGAAGCUCGGGGCUGACGCUGUCGGUAUGAGCACUGUUCCUGAAGUGGUGGUGGCGCGUCACUGUGGGCUGCGUGUUUUGGGUCUGUCUCUCAUUACCAACAAGGUGGUGACCGAUUACGACAGCAAUGAAAAGGCGAACCAUGAGGAGGUCCUGAGGACAACUGAACACCGGGCCAAGGAUCUUCAGAGGCUUGUCAGUCACCUAAUCAAGAAGCUUUAACAUCUCCCCAUCCAAGAUUGGUUUGAACAAAAAUAAAGGCACUGGGGUUUUUGUGGUGGCGGGACAAACAUAGCUUUGAUCAAAAAGUGGAACGUGUGAAAGGAAGUCAUUAUGGUCGUAAUGAGCUUCAACGUUUUAAAGGUUGCAAGUAUAUAAAGAAGCAAAAAGGACAUCAGCUGGAAAAAGUAAAGCACUAAAAGAGCCUAUAGUUUCUAAGUUGUCCUAAAAAUAAUUAUCUAUAUUGUGACACCAAUUUUGGCAGAUAUACUCUGUAUAUACAUUAGUGGGCUAAUCAAUUAGCCUACUAAUGAUACUGCUAAUCACCAUCAGCUCUAAGACACUUUAAGUUUAAAUUUCUACAACAAGGCUGAAAGCCACGUUUUUAUUCUAAAACAUGACUAGAAAACCUUGUGAUAAGAUGUGGCUCCUAUCAAAUGUUAUAGGUUUUACAGCAAUAAUAUAUUGCCUUGCACAAGUACUUAUACUAUAUACCUAGCUAUUUUUUUUUUUCACAAGCUGGGGUGGUGGUGGAAACAGAAAGAAAGGCAUGACCCAAGAAUAGCACUGGAACCAGUUGGGCAGGAAAAGCAUAGGAACAUGAAUAAAAUAAAAUAAAAAAAGGUUCCGUCUGCAGUACUGAGAAACUUUAGUAGCUACUUUUAGUACCAUACUGAGACAAACUUUCAUCAUCUGAUGAAAAUAUUUUAUUUUAUUAUUUUAUUUUUUUGCUAAACUCAAACAAAUUCAUUACAGCCUUGCUACACUGCUGACACUAACAUAUUUAAUUAUUUGAUUAAAGGCUUUUUGAAAAAUACUUUUAAUUACUUUUUAUCUUUAAUGGAACGCCAGUGGAACAACAAAUUAGUCACAAUAGAGAAUGCGUCAUUGGUUUUGGAAAUGCCUCCUGUGCACGGCUCAAACUUGGUUUGACACUGUCAAUUACCUCAGCAUCUUUUUGCAAACAGUAAAGUCCGUAUGUGGGACCAAAUUGAAAUUAUAAAGUAGCUACUUGAAAAAAUAUGUGUCUUUGUGGACAUGUUCAAUAGGUUUUGCACAGUAAUGGACAUUCUCUGUAGCUUCUCUUUUCAGACGAUUAUGUCUGUGUUUUUUUUUUUACCUUUUAAUGUCACUUACAUUAACCGUGCUUAUAAGUCAUGUGGGAUGUCAGAAAUAUCUCGAAGCAGGAAUAAGUAGUUUAUGGGGAGAGCUCAAUUUGUGACAUACAACUGCAGAAAACUCUUCUAGUGUUUUAAAUUUGCAUUCAAAGAUUGCACGUUUAAAGACAGAAUAGAAAGUGAUUUUUUUUUUUUUUUUUUGCAAAAGCAGUGGUAUUUGUUUUCUGACAUCAGCGCUGCAGGGUGACUGUGUCAUUUUUCCUGUGUUUCUUUUAGUGGUUAAGUAGCUAAAGUUUUGGAGGUUUUGAUGUCAGAAUUUGUGUAUUAAAGUGGGUGAUGGCUACAAUGAAUAUGAGACUUUAUGCAUGUUUUAUAGUUCAUACAGAUCAUAUUGUGUGAUCUUUGCUGAAGAAAACAGUGCUUUAACACCACAUUAAAACAAUGAAGCUACAUGACACUAGCUGCUAUUUAAAGGAAGGAAGUUUGAAUAUUUGGUAAUAACAAUUCACAAAAGUACUUAUUUUUGCUCUAGUCUAAAUCAAUGUCACAGAGUAGUUUAUUGACCGAAGCAUUUAUAAUGGAAACAAAUAUAUAUAUAUAAAAAAAUAAAAGGUGCAACCCAAAUCUAAACUUUAAAUUAAAUUAAUUUUAAAAUGAACACAAUUACUUUUUUGAAGCAUUUUAGACAGCAAAAAGCUUUCUGUUAGUGAUCUUAUGGACCAGCAGAUUUUUAUCAAAUGAAUUAAUACAAUCUACAUCAAAUCCCAUGAAAAGCAACUCUCAACCAUUAAUAUUUACAUAUAAAUAGGCAGAGGUGCCAUUAUAUUUCCACACUAAACAAUGACAACGCUGUAAAAACUGGGAGGAGUUAUAAUACCUGGACCUGCAGUUUUCAAGCUGCUGUGUGCUGCCUCGGAAACACUUGCCAGCUUUCCUUGACCGUCUCAUUCAUUAGAGCUGAAAAGGGCAAAAAAAUCCAGGAUCAGCAGUCAACCUCUUAGAGCAUUUGGAUCAGGCAGAACACCAAGAUGCUAAUGGUAUUCUUAAAGGGGAAUUGCACUCAAAAGGAAACAAUGAUGUCUGACAGGGACUAAAUGUACACGCAACUCACAAUGGUGCUAUUCUCUGUGUAUAAAUUGGUUUGACUCUUAAGUUUAGAACUAUUUUAGUUUUAUCUUAAUGUCCUAGUUUGUUUAACUAUACCGGUGGUAUGUUGUAUGUUUGAUUUAACCCUGCUGACUGUAUCUAAGAUUCAGGUUUAAAACUGGUUCACUUACAGAGUAAUGUAAAAAUGAAAUGAUUGAUUUUCUUGAAAAAUGUUGCUGCUGUCUAAUAAAAAAAACACCUUGCAGAAUGCA